GCUGCACUUACGCCAUUUCCGCUCCUGCAGACCCUGGAAGAAGCUGGCGUUAGGAAUUGAGAGGCUACCUACCGAGGCUGGUUUAAUUUAGCACCGAGGGGCUCGAAGCAGACCGAAGCCCCGCUGGAUUAAUGUGGACACGGCAGCGCGACGUGCCAGCAGGGCCUCGACAAGCCAAACGAGCCGAAACAACAGCAAGGAGCUAACCGCUAGCUCAGCUUGUAUUUGUUAGCAGAGCUAAAACGACGGACAGUGACUCUCCGUUUGUCGGAGUUUGUAGCUCACACACCGCACGGCUUGGGGCUCCGGUCUCCCACAACAUCUGGUGGAUGAAUGAUGUCUACCGCUAGUAUUGACCCUCAGACAUCAAAAGGACAAGAUGCAGGCAAAGCCUUUCCAGUUUCGGUGCAGAAUGGCUCCCUCCAUCAAAAGGACUCUGUGCAUGACAAUGACUUUGAACCCUAUCUCACCAGCCAGUCCAGUCAGAAUAACAGCUAUCAGUCCAUGACAGACCCUUACCUGUCCAGCUACUAUGCCCCUUCUAUUGGGUUUCCUUACCCUCUCAAUGAGGCUCCGUGGUCUACAGGAGGUGACCCACCUAUUCCCUACUUGGCACCUUAUGCCCCUCUUAGCAAUGGAGACCAUCACUUUAUGCCCGACACUGUUUUUGGGCAGCCUGGUGGGCUGAGCAACAGCAUUUACCCUCACAGGUUUAAUUUUUUUCCUGAGAAUCCAGCGUUCUCAGCCUGGGGCACCAGUGGUUCUCAGGGCCAGCAGACUCAGAGCUCAGCUUAUGGGGGCAGCUACAGCUACCCACCCAGCUCUCUAGGAGGCACUUUAGUCCCUGAUGGCCAGACGGGUUUCCAUAGUGACACCCUGAGCAAGGCGCCGGGCAUGAAUAGCCUGGAACAGGGCAUGCUAGGCCUAAAAAUUGGGGGAGAUGUGACAGGAAAUGGCUCAGGUGUGAAGGGUGCAGGCUCUGUGAUAGGUGGCGGUGUAGCUGCAGCUGUUGCCACAGGAAACGGUGGCACACCAAUUGGAAUGCCCUCUCAGAAACCCACAUCAUGGGCAGCUAUUGCUAGCAAACCUGCCAAACUGCAGCAGCAAAAGUUAAAGAACAAGCCUGGCACGCCUACAGCUGGAGGAGCUCUGCUCCCACCCCCUCUCAAACACAACAUGGACAUCGAUACAUGGGAUAAUAAGGGAGCUGCUACAAAAAUGGCCCCUUUGUUACCUCACCAUCACCACCACCACCAUCACCACCACCACCAACAACACCACCACCACCACCAACAACAGCAUCCGUCCCAGAUUCACUCCCAUGCUCCAAGUCUCAUACCUCCCCUUCAGCAGUCCUUGCAGUCGGCCCAGUCCCUCGUGCAGCAGAUGACCAUGCCAGGUCCUGCGGUAGUGCCUCCGCAGCCUUACCAGAACCACAACUCUGCUCCUACACCUCAGACUCGAUGGGUUGCUCCACGCAACCGCAUCAUGUGCUACAGUGGUGGGAGCCUGGACAGCAGCGGCUCCUCCAACAACGGUGGUGUGGGUAAUGGAGCUGCACUGGGCGUAGUGGUACCUUCAGAACCGGGAUCAGAGUCCCAUCCUGUGCUAGAGAAGCUGCGAGCAGCCCACAGCUACAACCCCAAGGAAUUUGACUGGAACCUGAAAAACGGCCGUGUGUUCAUCAUCAAGAGCUACUCCGAGGACGACAUCCACCGCUCCAUCAAGUACUCCAUCUGGUGCAGCACAGAGCACGGCAACAAGCGUUUAGACUCCGCCUACAGAGCCAUGAACUCUAAAGGCCCAGUCUACUUGCUAUUCAGUGUGAAUGGCAGCGGCCACUUCUGUGGUGUGGCAGAGAUGUGCUCUCCAGUGGACUACGGCACCAGUGCCGGGGUCUGGGCCCAGGACAAGUGGAAGGGCAAGUUUGACGUGAACUGGUUGUUUGUUAAGGACGUGCCUAAUAGCCAGCUGCGCCACAUCCGUCUGGAAAACAACGACAACAAGCCGGUCACCAACUCACGUGACACUCAGGAGGUUCCUCUGGAGAAGGCCAAACAAGUGCUCAAGAUCAUCGCCCAGUACAAACACAGCACCUCCAUCUUCGAUGACUUUUCCCACUAUGAGAAGAAGCAGGAGGAGGAAGAGGUGGUAAAAAAGAGCUACGAGCCUGUUUCAGUACAGAGUCGAUCCAGAAUUGAUCAGGAUCGUCAGAAGUGAACUGUACACCACGGCCUCUGAACGUUUGAUCAACACGUGUUUGGGUGGACACAAUGAAAUUCAGAUAAAUACAGAAAACACAAGGACAUAAAGACAUAAAACUAAUAUUUUAUUUUCUAUUUAAUUUUAACAACUUUGAUCCAUGUCAAACUGUUGAGCCACUUUGCUCGGAGUUAACUAGACUUUGUAAUUUGUGCAGGGAUUGAACUAGUUCCACCAUUGAAGUUGUUUUAAAAACAUCUAUUUUUUCUUCCUUGCUUUCGGUCCUUUUAGCCUUAUUAAUCUCUCUUGCUGCCCUGGAACCUUGAAAUUCUCAGCUAAAGUAUAAAUAUCUGCACGUCUGUUUGGGAACUCUUGACAACAUGCUGCUGAUAUUUGGUGACUGUUCACUUUGUGGUUUGUGUGUUGAAGAAAUGUUAAGUGCUUGUAAUGGUUAAUUUUAAUGAGUGAACAACACUUAACUGACAAGUGUCUGAUAUCUGUGUGUGGCCAGUUGUGUUUUUUCAUCAGAAGACAAAAAUAAUAGGCUCUACAUUUUUACGUGAGUAAAGUUUUACUUUGGAGAACUUGUGCAUAGGCAUAAAUGUGCAUCCCUAACUAUUAAUAUUUAUUAUUUAAACAUCAAUCCUGGCUCAAAUUUGUUACGCUUACUCAAAUUGUUUUCGGUCUCCAGAUUAAAUGACAUUUUUUAGAAGUAGCUAAAAAAAAAUCUGUUUUUCACCCGUUUCUGCUGUGAAUUCAGGGAAAACAUUUUAUUUUAGAUCAAAUCCUUCUAAAAAGGGGUUCUCUCUUAUUUUAACAUCAAAUUUACUGUAUGGGUUUAGGUUUUUUGGCCAAAUUAAAUUUCCUGUUUGUUAUGACACAAUGUAGCGUGCGUUAAUAGUUUAAGCCAGGCCUGCCAUUUAGGUUCAUCAUUUCUUAAAAUUAUAAUCUUUACAUUAUGUUUCAUCCUCACAAAAAUGUAAGCUUUAAUGUACCAACAUUUCUAACUGAGAUCGCCUCAAACUGCUAAACUAGCAUUAUACCUAACAGAUUUAUUGUCCAGUGUAUGAAACUCUGAGACUAGCUUAUGUGGUACAUGUUUGUGACUUUUCAGUUUUUUAAUAACUGCUUGCUGUAUUGUGAGUGUAUGCAAGAAUGAUGAAAUGGGAAGUGAGUACUGUGGCGCAAUCAGAGUUAAACUGUAUAAUGGUAUCGGAUUAUAGAAAUUUAUGCAAAAAAAUUUAAGUCACCCUUGGAUUAAAUAUGUAUCGUAUCAGAGGUCACUAUCACAUUCUUAGAUUUUAUCUUGUUCAUUAAUAAACAGACUUAUAUGUU